GUCAAUGUCAUGUUCACGUUGAUCUUUUCUAUUUUGCCGUGUGCAAUUUCGCGUGUCUUUAACAAGUAUUUAUCGUUUUUCUUCUAUAUAAAUACAGUAAUUAAAUAAAACUACCUAGCGUAAAGGAGCUGGCCACUCUUAACCUGUGAAAAGUGAGGUUUAACUGUUGAAAAUGGCUGAAGGAAGUUCUCAAGAGCCGAAGAAGCCUAUGACGGACGAGGAGAGGUUAGCUUUGUGCCAGAAAAUGGACCAGGAGCUUGACGAUUUCAUUAACAGUUUGGAGCGUAAGAGAUACACAGAUGGAUGGUCCGAAGACAAGUGGGAAGAAGAAAUGGACAAACAUCCGUUCUUCAUGAAGAACUUGCCGGAGAACGGCGAGAUGUCCGCUCUGGCCGAGGGCCUGGCCAAGCUGAAGUAUGACCCGGAGGAGAAUACAGCGCUUGAACUGGCUGCUAACUAUAAGGAGGACGGGAAUUUUAACUUCCGUCAUAAGAACUAUCGGCUGGCUAUACUUGGCUACACAGAAGGCAUAAAAGUUAAAUGCGAAGACGCCGAAAUGAACGCAUUCCUAUACAACAACCGAGCGGCCGCGCAGUACCACCUCAAAAACUACCGUUCAGCCCUCGCCGACAGUGAACGAGCCUUAACUUUCAAACCAGAUCACAUUAAAGCUCGCCUACGUGCAGCUAAGUCCGCCUUUGAGAUAGCUAACUACGAUAAAUGCCUCGAACAUUGCGAUAAACUCCUUCAAGCUAACCCUAGUGACACAGAAGCAACAGAACUCAUAGCUAAAACUAAGAAGAAAGUCCUCAUUCAAGCCAGAGAUAAACGGAAGCAGGAAAGACUACAACAAGUCAAGCGGCAAGACAAAGAUGAGGUUAUAAAAGCGAUUUUGGAGCGAGGUAUCCGCAUUGCUAACUGUGAUGACGAUGAUGAUCUAGAUUUGUCUAAGUUAGAACCUAGUAUGCCUGGCGCUCAUGAUAAAAUCGUGCAUUUAGAAGAUGGGAAGUUACAAUGGCCAAUUCUUUUGUUCUAUCCAGAACAUAUGUUAACGGAUUUUAUCGUAGAUUGCCCCGAGGAUGUCCCAUUAGAAGCUCAGUUGUCUAAAGUGUUCCCAGCCCAGUGGGACUCUGAAAACAAAUAUGGAACGGAUAAAAUUAAUGUGUAUUCAGAAGGUUAUAACAAGAUUCCACAUAUUAUUGAUAUGAGCAAAGAUUUAGGAGAUAUAUUGAAAAUGAAAUAUUUUGAGGUGAAAGGUGGAACGCCUGCCUUUGUAGUGGUGCCGCGAGGUAGCGAAGUUGAGAAAAGGUUUCUUUCGGGAUAUUUCUCGUAAAUUGGUAGAAACAGGACUAGAAGUUGAUAUCAGUUGACUCUGAAUUGUUCCCAAAAUGUUAAACAGGUUAAACUUAAAAUAAUUAUCAUUUCGUGCCUGUAAGCUACACUCUACAUUUUGUUUUAUACUCUAUAUUUCACUUUUGUACUUCAAACUCUAUUGGUGAUAUACAAAUGUAAGUUUAUUAUAUAAAUUUUCAAAGAUUAUAAUUUGUAAAUACA